UCAUCCAUGGGUUGUGAUCGCAUUUGACUGAGCGAAGUGGAGUGGUUUAAAGUAAUAAUCUUCUUUGAGGUUAAAUCAAAAUCCAUUUAACAUGAAUGGUUCGCCAAGGAAAAAGUCGCGAUCGGAACUUUCGGAAAAAAAAGUUACAGUAAUUUUAGGGGCGCAAUGGGGCGACGAAGGGAAAGGAAAAGUGGUUGAUUUGUUGGCUUCUACAGCCGACUUAGUUUGCCGGUGCCAGGGCGGAAAUAAUGCAGGUCACACAGUAGUUGUAAAUGGUGUGGAAUAUGAUUUCCAUUUACUGCCAAGUGGUAUUAUACAACCAAACGCAAAAUCAAUCAUAGGCAAUGGUGUGGUUAUUCAUUUGCCUGGUCUAUUUGAGGAGCUGGAAAAAAAUGAAAAAAAAGGUUUAAAGAAUUGGGAGGACCGCCUAAUAAUAUCAGAUAGAGCUCACUUGGUGUUUGAUCUUCACCAAAAUGUAGAUGGCUUGCAAGAACAAGAAAAUAACAAAAAGGGUCAGGGUCUGGGUACAACUAAAAAAGGCAUCGGUCCAACAUAUUCCUCAAAGGCUACAAGAAAUGGCAUCAGAGUGGGUGAUUUGUUGGGCGAUUUUGAACAAUUUGCUGAAAAAUUUAAAGCUUUAGUAAAUAUCCACCAGAGAAUGUUUCCAAGUUUGAAGGUUGAUAUUGAUUCUGAACUGCAACGGUAUCAAAAAUUCGCUAUAAAAAUAAAACCAUUGGUUUAUGACACAGUCUCGUUUUUGGAUAAAAACAUAAAAGAAGGCAAAAGAGUUCUUGUUGAAGGUGCCAAUGCCGCUAUGCUGGAUAUUGAUUUUGGCACCUAUCCUUAUGUAACUUCGUCAAAUUGCACAGUUGGUGGUGUAUGUACAGGUCUUGGAAUUUCACCCAUGAGGAUAGGUGAGGUGAUUGGUGUGGUUAAAGCAUAUACAACUCGAGUUGGCGAUGGACCAUUUCCUACUGAAUUGAAGGAUAAAGUUGGUGAACUAAUGCAAGAACGUGGAUUUGAAUUUGGAGUCACAACUAAGAGAAAACGCCGAUGUGGAUGGUUAGAUGUAUUCCUUCUUCAGUACACGCACAAAAUUAAUGGAUACACAUCACUAUGUGUUACUAAGUUGGAUAUCUUAGAUACUUUGCCAGAAGUAAAAUUAGCGACUGGCUAUAAGUUAAAUGGAAAGAAGAUCAACUAUAUGCCUGCUAAUGCUUCAGAUUUGGGGAAAGUUGAGCCUGAGUACUUAACAAUGCCAGGUUGGCAAACUAGUACAGAAGAAGUCAGAUAUUUUUCUGAUUUACCGGAAAACGCAAAAAAAUAUAUUAAGAAAAUUGAAGAACUAGUGGAAGUACCAGUGAAAUGGAUCGGAGUUGGAAAGUCCAGAGAUUCGAUUAUUACUAUAAACUAGUGAAGGCACACAUAAUAAUUCUGUCAUCCUUUAUGUUUAAAAAUGGAUGCUACUUAUCAGAAAUGCAAUAAUUUGUACUUGGAUAUUUCAUAUAUUUUUUUAGUGAUCUCUACUAUGCUUAAGAUGUAUAACUCGAUUCAACACCUUUAAGACACUUUAUUUUUGAUAAACAUAAAUUUCUAUACACUUUUUUUGACUAGCAACAUGUUUUAGCAAAAUUGUAUCAGUAUACUAAAUUUCAGUAUUUUUAAACAUAUAUGACAUUGUUGUACAUUUGUUUUUAUAGGUAAAAGAUGCUAUAGAUGUAAAUAAUAAUAUUCCACCAAUUUGUCUAGCUUUUGAUUCAUUGGUAAUCAAUUGGAAUAUGCAGGCGGUUGUGCUGAGGAGAUCUGGAGGGUUAGGCUUUUUAAUAUGUGAUCAAUAACAACUUUAAAGACAACCAAAUAUCUUCAAAAAUAUUUUGUUUCCAUUGAACAUUUUUUGAAAUCGCGUGUUGUGAUGGUAAUAAUAGUUUCAUCUACUGGUGUACAAGCAAUAAAUCUGAUUGUGUUAAUGUUCCAAGAAUAUUGUGACUGUUUGCUUAACAUCUUUGGCCGUAGCAUUGAAGCACAGAAAGCAAUUUUUCAUGGUCUAAAGCAAAAGUUUUCUUACUUUCAAACAAAAUGUGAUGUAGAUUGAGUAUGAGUUAAAAUUUCUCUAUAAUCAAAUACAAUGUAUUAUUCGAAGAUUUUAGAACUUUUCGGAACGUUAUUUUCUAUGUCGUUUUUUCCGCAACAAGAAGUAUAUUUGAAUGCAUUUUCCCAGAAUAUUGUAAAAAAGUUAAACUCAAAUUUGAUUGAGAAUCAAAUCAUGGAAUUGAUAUAGCUUUUAUGUUUUUUUUUUUUUUUUAAUAUAUUAUUACAACGAGAAAUGUUGCAUGUGAGGUGUAUGUCACAUGUUGUAGAGCACAAAUUUUGCCUUUUGCGUAAACUAUUAGAACAAUAUGCUUAUAUGUUUUCCUGAUAGAGUAGUUACUUGUAUAUUAGAUGUACCAAAAAAUGUAUUAUUUGUUAUUGUGUGAACUAUUAAGUUUUUGUUGCUUUAGUGUACAUUUAUAUGAAAAUAAAUCUAAACAUUAAAUAAAAGAUUCAGUAUUU